AUGGCGAGAAAGAAGGGAUCAAAGACCUCCGGUCUUGAAGAUUCCGAGUCAGCAAUAACUCCGAUCCUUGAGAUCAGUCAAUCUGAGCCUCUCUUCACAGCAGCAGCCCACCCCUCUAAACCAAUAAUAGCUACUGGUCUAGGCACCGGCCAUGUUUUCUGCUAUUCGUAUGACGAUGAGGAGCUUCAGGAAAUUGUCGAUAAUAAAAGAGCUGCUUUUCUCAAGAAAAACGACUCGGAUGACGUUCGUGUAUCGUUGUUGAAGAAGAAAUGGUGGGUGAAUGAGAAGGAUCAUUCAAAUAUGGGAAGCGAUUCUCCAGUCACAAUUAAUUGGAAAACAAAGAGACAUAAAGGCUCUUGUCGGUCUGUCACCUUUGACGUGCUAGAGAACUCUGUAGGAGAGCAUCUUUACUCCGUCGGGACUGAUCAUAUGAUUAAGAAAGCCAUGACCGAAACAGGAAAAGUUGUGGCCAAAACAGACUUUUCAUCGCAUUUAGGUGAAGAAAAAGCAGACGAAGUGACGACAGUGGCAGCUUCAACGACACAUCCGUUUUUGCUUGCUGGAACCGAAGAUGGUAAUGUACUCGUUUUUGACAGCAAUAAGUUAUCGUCGCCGGAAUUGAAGUUCCGCUGCGAUAAGAUGCACGAAGAUGCUGUUAGCAAGAUCUUGCCCAUGCCUGCUAUCUCAGCAUACCACUAUUUGUCUUUGGGCUCCACUGUCCUCUCGCAUAUUGACAUUCGUAAGGGUAUAAUCACACAAUCCGAUGAUCAGUCAGACGAGCUACUAUCCAUGUGCUAUCCCACAGAGUACAUGUACGAAAAGAAAAAUGAUACAGUGAUUGUAGGUCACGGAGAGGGUAUUGUCACCUUAUGGAAGAACUCGACUAACUGCUUCAUGGACCAGCUUUCCCGUGUCAAGGUCAAUAAAAACGCCUCUAUUGACACUCUUAUUGCACCAAUGAAUGCAGGCGACCCAAAUUUGCUAGAUUCCAUUUGGUGUGGAGACAGUGACGGAUUGAUUCAUAGAAUCAACUACAAACGUGGAAAAGUGGUUGAGAGAAGAGCGCAUUCUUAUCUGUCGUCAAAAAUGGGUUUGACCGAUGAGGUGAGUGGACUCGACAUUGAUUAUCAAUAUCGCUUGAUCAGUUCUGGAAUGGAAAGUCUUAAGAUCUGGUCAGCUCAGACAGAGGAGGAUCUCAAAAACGAGUCCAAUUCGGAAGACGAUAGUGAUAGUGAUAGUGAUAGCGAUAGUGACUUAGACUCCGAUAUGUCUGACUCAGAUGAUGGCAAAUUUGGAGGAGUCCCUGGCUCUGGUUCGGACGAUGACGCGUUUGCUGGCAAAAAAUCCUCCAAGAAAAUGGAUUCUGAAGAUGAGAGCGACCAGGAGGGAGAGGAAGAUAAUGAAUCUGAUGACGAUGACACAAAUGGUGAAACGACCAAGAAAGUUGCAUACUCGACGAGCUUCUCCAAGCCCAAGCGAAAGAUGAUCAACUUGAACAAGAAAUCCGUCGACGGGGCCGAAGGUGAGAAAUCUUCCGAGAAUAAGAAGCGGAAACUUAAGCAAGUUGCAAAGUCGAUCCCGAACAACGGUAUCGCAAGGUUCGACGGACUCUAG